AUGUCGACAUCUUGGGACUACUUGACAAAGGUGCGCAUGGCUUGACGUUGAGAGCGCACCAGCGUGCUGACACGAUCGUCUCGACAAUUCUUUGGCUCUAGUUCAUCCUCGUAGGAGACUCUUCCGUGGGCAAAUCUUCCAUCCUGAUACGCCUAACAGAGCAGAGGUGGUUAGCCGCGACGGAUCCUACAGUCGGAGUGGAGUUUGGAUCGCACACCUUUGAGAUUGGUGGAGAGCUUGUGCGGGCGAAUGUAUGGGAUACAGCGGGCUCUGAAGCAUUCAGGAGUGUGAGUCAAGGAAGCCAAAUCGCCAGGGAGACGAUCACGCGCUCGAUGCCGCGUCGGGUCUUGUCAUCAGCAUCCUGCUAGUCCUUGCUGCCUCACGGCUCAUCGGCAUCGUGAUCCUUCGACCACUCUUAGAUUACCCAAUCAUACUAUCGGGGGGCAGCUGGGGCGCUUGUGGUCUACAACGUGACACAUCGAGACUCAUUCUUGCAUGCUGCUGAAUGGUUGCGAGACGUUCGGUCUCUAGCAGAGGACAGCGUGACGAUCAUACUGGUCGGUAACAUGGUGGACCUAGCGGAGGAGCAGGGUCGGCAGGUGACCACCGAAGAGGGGGAAGACCUCGCCAAGCGGGAAGGGUGAGCGCCGACACGAUGGACGAGGUGCAGUUGGCUCGCGCGUGCUGACGGAUGGCAAAACGCUGCAGAUUGCUCUUUGUGGAGACGUCAGCCAAGACGGGAAAGGUGAGCGGACAAGGCGAUCGAGUGGAUUUGAGCGGAUCAGCUGAUUUACCGGUGUAAUUUUUGGUCUCUGUCAGAAUGUGGAAGAAGCAUUCAAGAUGGCAGCCACAGAGAUACAUCGCAAAUUUAUCGAGGCGAGGGAUCGAGCAGAUGCGUCGGGCGCUGGCAGCUUGAUGAAGAGGGGAGGACGCUCUGCUGCGGCCGCGGCUGCCGCUGCUGCCGGUCAUGACGAUGUUCGAGUGUCGGGAUCUAGGCCUGGUGAUGGUGCGGACGGCAAAGGGUGCUGUUCGGUAAUGUGA